UUACCAGUAGGUCUUGUGGAGUGGUUGGGCUUUCAUUGCAGCUGAUGGUUGUUGUUACACUUUUCUCCCCCCCUUCUUAUUUGAGUCUUCAUUCUUCUAAACUGUAAUACUUUCAUAGUUACAUGUGAUUUCAUAGCGGGUAUAUAAUGUUAUAUAUAUAUAUAUAUAUAUUCUCUUAAUGAGCCGCCACACCUCAAUCACUGGCUCUCUCUCUCCACCGGUCUCACGUCAACCUCCUCUUCCUCUCUCUCUCUCUAGCUUGAAAGCGCAUGUUCCUGGUCCGAGGCUCGUGCUCUUUGUUCACCGUAAUCCCUCUCCCUCGCUCUCACGGCAGUCCUCACGCAGCUCACGGUUCUUUCUUCCCUCCCUCUGCUCCUCAGUCCUCGCGCUGCUGACGGUGCUCCCCAGUCCUCACUCCCCACGCCAGCUCUCCGUUUACCAUCUCGCCCAGAAAUAUUUUAGUUUAGAUUUAAAUUUUGAAACUUUUUUGGUUUGGAAUUAAAGUUGAAUCUUUACUCCAAUCAAGUCUGUGGACUUUUGAACUAUAUACGUCUAGGGUUUUGUUCUAAUGGAUCCUCUAGAAUUUGUGGUGGAGAAAUUUAAAGGUUUGGGUCAAUGGACUCAAGACGUCAUUGGUGGCUUCGUUCAUCGCCCCCGUCGCAACACUCCGAUUGAAAUAUUGAAGAGGCUGCAACGAGAAGCGUUUUCGGAUUUGAUGAAGCUCAGGGACAGACAAGAUAAGGUAGAGAGAAUUCUUUCCUUGUAUAAGACUGCCAAGGGGAGUCCAUUUCAAGAAGUGGGUACUGUUCUAAGAGGGGAAGUUGAUCUCAUGGGAGGUUUGCUGAUGAUGAAUAGUGUGGAACAUGAUGAUAAGUACAAUGUACUUGGUAAAGCUGGUCUCAGAACUGGACUUGAUUUGAGGUUCACUUUUGAAACCACAAUCCAGGAUAAUGAUUCCCUUGUUGUCGAGUUUGUAAGCUCUCAAAAUCGCAACAACAAUAACAAUAGUAGUAUUAGUAAUAGUAAUCCUGGUCAGGAAUUAGGGAGCUCACUUUCUUUAUCAAAGCUGUGCUAUACAGCUAAUGCUAGUGACUGGCUAUCUGCGUUUGUUAUCCCCUUGGGUGGGAAAGGCAGUGAUGUUGCAAUUCUCAAAUACACUUCUCAUCAGGGUAAGGGCCUAACUGAUGUUUCAUCUUCUGGACCAUCUCUCUUGAAUCAGCCAAGUGGUAGUGCAAUUGGUUUAAUGGUGAAGAAUUCAAAUGUCAUUGCUUCAUUGGCUCAGUUUGUUUCUGGGCAGGGAAUGCAUUCGGAUUCUCAUAGCUUUGGCCAUUGUUUCAACACAUUCGGGCAAGUUUUGUGUCAACUUCCAAGAGGAACAAAGUUUUCUGUCAUGGGACUUUUGCAAGCCCCUAAAUUGUCAUGUCAACUACCUGCCACUCAUGGACCCUUCACCCUUUCUUUUGGUGGUUCCAAACAUCAAGAAAAUCCCGAUGGAAUGGUUGAAAAUUUAGUUUCCACCAUUGGAAAUAGCUCACAAGGAAAUGUUUCUACUGGGUCCAUUGCUUUGACGUUGGAGUCAGAAAUUGACGAGUUCACUAAGAUUGGUGGCUGGAUUGAGCUUAAAAACUCGGAUCCCAAAUAUCUAAAAUGGGCGGCGAGUUUGUCGGAUGAUUCUGAAGAUUCAUUUGGAUGGGGAAUGAAGUUUGGUGGGAUGAUUGAAGGUCCCUCAAAUUUUGACCAUUUCCAGGUUGAAACUUACAUGAAGUUAAACUUUGGAAAGAAAUGCAGUAUAAAGCCCGGGAUUGCUUAUAUAAUGGAUGGGAAUGCUAGAGUAACUGCACUCAUGCUUCGAUCUAAUUGGUCACUUUGAUCACCAUCUUCCCUCUUCAGCUCAAGUAUGUUUUUUGUUAUGCUAUAGUGCAAUUGUUCGAAAUAUCAAAUGCAUUAUCUCCAGUCUGCAGGUAUAUAUGACUUACAAAUUCCUACUUUCUUUGAGAUUGCGUUGAUAAGAUAUCAAAGCUAGCAACUGGUAUUUAUAUCUGAUUUAACUAGGCAAAGUAAAUUGUUCCUUUUGUUUUAAUUUGAAAACCCCAUUUUUAUAAAUAUCACCAAAUAUUUAUUCAAGGGUUUUAAUACAUUUUGUACCCGAAAAAAUUGAAUAUGAAAAUUCAUUUGUUAUGCAUAAUGAUUAUGCUUUCCUUAUGAAUUGUUAGGCUGGAGAUUUAUUUGUGAUUUUAAUUCAAUUUUUUUUUUUUUGGACCAAAAUCAGGUUUAGGGAGAGUUCUUUGAACCAUUUACAAAACACAACAUCCAAAAAGAAAUUUGUCAAAUACAGGAUCCAAACAGACAAUAAGUCAAAACACAAAAUCUAAAAUAGUAUAAACUCAGUAAAUAUGCUAAUUAAAUGAUCAAGUCAAGUGCUAAUUAAAUGAUUAAGUAAAGCAUGAGGCAAAAAAAAAACACAAUGACGUUUUUUAAUGUGGUUCAAAUAAUCUAGUUUACAGUGAUACUACAAGAUUAACAAUAAUGACAUGUGCACUAAAAUUAUGGACAAAAAUAUUACACCAACUGAUGUGACAUUGUGUUUUAAAACAGUGGGUCUCAAAAUAAAUGUGAUUGGUUAAAAGAAACUGCCACAAUAAUUGGUGUAAUGUUUUAGUGCAUAGUUUUGGUGCACAUAUCAUUACUCAAAGAUUAAACUUAUCGAUAGAAGUUUAGCAUACACUAUACAAACACUAAUUCAUCAAUAAAAAAAACUAAUUUUCAUAUUGCAAUUCCAUUUUGUAUAAUUCCACCAAUCUAGUUUAGGGAGCACUACUUGUUUUAUGUGACUUUGUGCGCAUAAACUCCCUUCAUUCGCAUCACCCUUGUCACAAUUCACUAUCUCCUAAGAGUGUUUGAUUUGUAAAAGCAAUCUUUGGAGUUUGUUUAAAUUAGGCUAAGUGUAAAAGCAGUCUUUUAACUCAUCAGUUUUGUUAUAUCUCAUAAAAUCACUUUCCAAACACUUAGUCAAAUUUGAUCAUAUCAUUGAGUGUUCUUUCAUUUCUCUUUUAAGCCUUUACUUGUAUAUAUCAAUUUGGAGAAAGUGUUCCCUAAUGUAGUUUCUUUGUUCAAAAUCUACUUUGUGAGCUGAGAAGAGGUUGGAGUCAUUUUUAAUGGCAUAAAUGAGAUUGGCCUCAUAUAAUCAAGGGAUUUUUUCAUAAAUAUGGCUUUUUAGUUAUUACUGUGCAAAAAUAUGAGAAUUAAACUUUUUCUAAUUUGUAUGGAAAAUUUUAAUUAACAAAAACUCAGUUUAUGAGAAAACUAAUCACAUAUAGGAACUCAAAAUUAAACAAAAUUACAUCUGCAAAAGAAUGGAUACUAUGGUAAUUAACAUAGCAAAAACUCAUCUGCUGAAACUUGAGUCCAUCAAAAGCAUCUCCACACAAAAUCGUGUCUACAACAGGCACCCAAACUUCGGCAACACCUUCCACCUCCGACAACAGCUUCAAAACUCCAGUGAGAUCUUCAAGAUUCGAUCAAGAACAAUUCCAGCCAUGUUUUGUUGCAAUAUUUGCCAUCUCUAGCGACCUCCAUCUCCGACCAACUAUUCCUACUCUUCUUUUCAAUUUUCAGAUUAUAUUUUUUUUUAGGUCUAAACUUUUUUUUUAGAUUUGAAACUAACUUGUAAAUUUUUUUAAGUUUAGAUAAGCAGUUGCUUAUAUUAUUACAAAUAUAUUUUCUUCUUCUUGAGUUACAGAUCAAAACUUGUUUGUUUUAUUUGGAUCUGUUUUUUUUUUUUUUUUUUUUUAUCUUCAGGUCUGCAAUAGGUGACUGGUUACCUUCACAUUCUAAUAUGUGUUUAUAUUUCCGAGUUCUUUAUGGUAACCGGUUACCUUCACGUUCUAAUUUCAUGUUCUAAUAUGUGUGUAUAUUUCUGGGUUUUUUUUCUAUCUUCAGAUCUACAAUAGUUAACUGGUUACCUUAACAUACCGAUAUGUGUGUAUUUAUGGAUUCUUUAUGGUAACCGAUUACCUUCACGUUCUGGUAUGAGUAAAUAUUUAUGGGUACUUUAUGCUAACCGAUUACCUCCAUGUUCUAAUAUGUGUAUAUUUAUGGGUUAUAAGAUAAGAUCAUGUCUUUUUUUUCGUUCAAAUUUAAUGUUUCUUUUCAUAUUUAAUAUAACUAACUCGUCACUCAUCGUAUGGUAACUGGUUACCUCUCUUAUGACAGAAUGUUCUCUCAGGUUCCUAAUACAUGUUAUUUAACCUAGCUUUACGAAUUUUUUUUACAUAACUGUGAAAAAUCAAUCAAGUAACUGGUUAUCUUACCCAAGCUUUGAAAAAAAACAUACAAUCUAAAAAAAAAUGAAAAAAAAUGUUUAUAAUAAAUAAAUAAAAUGAUAAAAACAAUUGAAAUUAAAAAAAAA